GCUCAGGAGGGAGUGUGAAGCUGGGUGGCAGUGGUCGUGCAAGUUUCGCUUGGUCGCUGCGUUCAAAUUGCGCACAACAUGGAUUGGUAACUUUCUCAGCCUUUGCCCUCUUUGGCGUCGGGAGUACUUGAAGGUUACUUCACUGUCUGUUACAAAGGACGGGAGAAAAAGUCAUGAAAAGCCUCUGGGAAGAUAUGUGGAGACGAGACCUCAGCUAGCUGGCUAGCCUGGCUCCUGCAUUACUUCAGAUAGAAAGAAAGCAAGCUAACCAAUAACGUAAUCACGGUAGGACAAGUGGACAGCAUUUGUGUUAACUUUGACAAACCCCUGUCUCCUCAACAAACUGGAGGUAAAACCGUUAUAUUAUCUGAAAAACGUUGAUUGAAUGCGAUUUGAUUUCAUUUCGUAUUGUACAGUAGAAAGUCCCAUAACCAAACAAUUUUAGGCUAAUGGCCAGAUCUGUUAAUGCACCUUAUGGGUCGUCAGUCCUUUGGGAUUCAGUUACCAUGACUGUUACCGACCCCACUGGAGUAAAUAACGACCAGUGAAAACCAGGACAUAGUACUCAGGUGUUCUUACACUGUCGUUUACUCAACAUUUCGGAAAGAAUUCAGUCUAUUACAUGAUUAUAACUAAGAUCUGUGUGGAGUAGCUAAUGUUAGCUAACCCAAGAUUCUGCCAAACAGCUGACAUCCGCCUACACUGCAGUUCUCAACUUUCUGCUGUCAUACUUUUGAGCAGUAGGCUACGCUUGUUUUUAGACAUAUCCAGUUCAUCAGGAAGUUAAAUGAACUUGGCGAAGUGUUCCCCGAUAAUGCAUGUGCUAUAACGGCUUGGUAAGCAAACAUAAUUGAGAAAUGGACCGUGAACCAUCUCAGGUGAUCUGACAUCAGGACGUAGGUCUUGCAGAAGAAAGAGCCAAGCCAGUCAAACUAGAAGAUGAGUUUCUUUCAAAGCCUCUUGUCUUUCUUUGGUCUGGGAGACCUCCAGUGGCUUUGUAUGGUCACGUUAUUCAUCGCCUCUCUCGUGACUCUCACCAUAUAUUUCGUGCAAUACUAUUUGGAUAAUGUGUCAAACGGGAGUGAAAAUUCAGUGGGACAGUCGGAGGAGGCGAACGCGCUUCUCCAAUGGGCCCUGUCUCUGAAAUCCUGGAAGGCGGAAUGGAAGAAGGCCUGGGUGAGGGCCCUGAACGACAACUCCAGACAAGCAGGCAACUACUUGGAGUUGACGUUCCAGGAGGACGGUCUCCAGUCAUCUGACCUGGUGUUGAGUCAGGUGUCAGGGCUGAAGAAGUCAGCAGGAGGGAAGCUGAUGCGUUGCCAGGUGUACGGGGAGCAGCUGCAGUUUGAGGUGGGGGCGCGGUCACCUGGAUCCCAGACCAGAGAGCCACAGCACUACACCGUCACCGUAGCCCCUCUGGAGCUGCAGCUGGAUCUGCAGUUGUCGGAGGCGAGUGGCGAGGUGCGUCUCAACUGGGGCCUGCUGGGAGUGGAGAUGAUGGACCUACAGCUGGCUCCCAAACCCUCACAGGCUGCGGUGGCAGGUCUGAGCUCGUACGUGGUGCAGGAGCGCAUCAGGCAGGUCCUGAGCAGCGCACGACCCUCCGCCAUACUCAGCAGCCGACCCGCACACACACACCAAGUCAGGGAUGCGCGCUCCAAACCCCCCCAGGUGUUGUCUCCCCCUAAACCCCCCCGAGCUCACGAGUGGAAACUACUGGUCAAGAACAUCAGAGUGGAGAACAGACAGGAGGCCAAUGCUGCAGGCAGCAUGAGCCCCCAGUGUGUGCUUCAGCUCAACGACCCCCCCCAGAGGCUGAGCAGCGCCGUGCUCAAGGACACACACAACCCCUCAUGGGAGCAGCCCUUCAUAUUUGAGUUGAAUGGGAGAUCCAAAGAGCUGACUAUUCAGCUGGUGAACACAGAGAGCCCUCAAGAGAGUUGCGUGCUCGGCCAGGUGUCUGUCCCGUUUGACCUGGUGAAGAAACAUCCCAGAGGACAGCAGACGUUUGCACUAAUGACCAAAGAUGUGGUGACCGCCACUUUAACUACUGAGUUCACCUACCUGGAGCCGAGCGAGGUGCGCACCUGGCAGACGCCCACGCCGGCGUCCCAGAAGCGCGUGGAGAUGGACCGCACCGUCAUGCCCUGCGGCACCGUCGUCACCACCAUCACCGCCGUCAAGAGCAAGCCGGGACGAGCCCUGCCCCCGAGCCUCCUGGAAACUCCCAUGAAGCCUCCUACCAAAGCCAAGAUGUCCCAGAGGAGAGUAUCAGAGCAGCCCAGCAUGCUGACGGCCACAGUCAGCAAAGCCCUGUCCUCCUCAGACACAGAGUUGCUGAUGCUGAAUGGGACGGACCCGGUGGCUGAGGCGGCCAUCCGGCAGCUGCAGGAGUCGGCCCGACAGAAGGCCAAGUCCCCCGUCAAGAAGAGCACCAUCAUCAUAUCAGGAGUCACCAAGGCUCCCCUGUCUCAGGAUGAGGAGGUGGCUCUGAUGGCUGGCUACGCCGCCUCCAUGGACGCCUCCAUGUCCCAAGGGCACGGCGACGCCCCUCUCCCCAACGACGCGGUGGGGGCCGUGGGGGGUGCGGCGGAGGCGGAGGCGGGUGCAGGGGCGGGGGUGGUUGUGGAAGACUGGGAGAGUCAGACAGGGGAGGGGGAGGGGGAAGGAGAGGACCCGGACGCGGAUAAGGCAUCGCUCUCUCUCUGCACGUCUGAGACCGGACUCAAGAAGAGCAAAGGCAGCUUCCUGCACAAGGGUGCCAAGCUGUUCUUCCGCCGGCGGCACCAGCGCAAGGACCCGGGCAUGAGCCAGUCGCACAACGACCUGGUGUACCUGGAGCAGCCGGAGCAGGCGGCGGUGGUGGCGGCGGGCGAGAGGGAGCGCCAGCACAGGACUGCCACGCUGAGGCGCAUCAUCAACCGCAAGCUGCUGCGCCACAGCAGGUCCUCCAAGGGGAGCCAGGACUCCUCCAAGGACUCCAAGGGGGGGGGCAAGGGUGGGGGGGCCCAAGCCCAAGCCCAAGCGGGGUCCCAGCAGCAGGGGGGGGGCAAGGCCAACGGGUGUGCCACGGUGGGGGAGGGGGCGUCUGCAUGA